ACGUUUCUCUCUUUACCUAUUUCACAUCAAGCUUGAAUGUGACUCUCAAAUAGGAAAGGAACCUUUAUGAAAAUCCCUCCAUCCAAGUGUAGAUUAUAAUCUGUAAAUUCAUGUCCACAUGACACGUGGCCUAAACCCUACUCUUUGAAUGGAUACAACUCACCAAAGCUAAACAUGGGUUCAUUUUUUGACCUCAUCUAAUAGGAGGGGCCCUCGACACGCCAGCGGAUGACGUACGCCUGCAAACACCUGUAUUCGGGAAAAAGAAAUUUGGUCACUAUAUUGCCUGGGUGUCUUGCUCGCGGUAAUAAUUUUGUGAAUUUUUGCUCGUCUCUCUGGUUUAGGGUUCGACUCCACAGGAACUGAAAUUCGCCAAAUUAUACGCAUGGCAUUCAAAAUUGGCCCCAUAAAUCUUAACGCCAUUGCUCAGGGGGUUGGAGGACUUGCAUUUGGAAGUGGGGAUCAUGGAUCCGAAGAUGAUGAUAGUGGUGUUGAACGCCUGCUUGAUCGCAUUAGCAAUGGUGUUUUAGCUGAUGAUCGCCGUGCUGCAGUUGCAGAGCUCCAGGCUGUUGUAGCAGAAAGUGUUUCAGCACAACUUGCCUUUGGUGCAAUGGGUUUCCCAGUGCUUAUGUCUGUUUUAAAGGAAGAGCGCGAUGAUGUGGAAAUGGUCAGAGGUGCACUUGAAACACUUGUAAAUGCAUUGACUCCUAUUGAAAGCACACCUGGAGUAUUUAAUGAAGUUCAACCAGCAUCAUUGAAUUCUGAAUUGCUGUCCAGGGAGGCAGAAAGUAUUUCUCUUUUAUUGAGUUUACUGGCAGAGGAUGACUUUUACAUGAGAUAUUAUACCCUGCAGUUGUUGACAGCCCUGAUUACAAAUUGCCGUACUAGGUUGCAAGAAGCAAUUUUGGCAACACCCCGUGGAUUGACACGCCUAAUGGAUAUGCUAAUGGACCGUGAGGUUAUAAGGAAUGAAGCGUUAUUACUUCUGACCUUUCUGACUCGUGAUGCUGAGGAAAUUCAGAAGAUAGUUGUUUUUGAAGGUGCUUUUGAGAAAAUCUUCAAUAUCAUCAAAGAGGAGGGUGGCUCUGAAGGGGGGAUUGUUGUGCAGGAUUGUCUUGAGCUACUCAACAAUCUUCUUCGAAACAAUCCAACAAAUCAGAUUUUAUUGAGAGAGACAAUAGGGCUGCAAUCUGUGGUAUCCCUUAUAAAGCUUCGUAAAGGUAUUGCUGAUAGUUUCACACAACAAAAGACUGUGAAUUUGCUAGGAGCAUUAGAGACUGUUGCAUUGCUUUUAGCUGGAAGUUCAGAUGUGGAACCUACAAAGGAUGCAAAUAGAAUAGCCAAUCAGACAGUGUUUUCCCAGAAUAAACUCUUGGACCAUCUUUUGAUGUUGAGUGUUGAAAGUAGAUGGGCUGCAAUUGUAGUUCGUUGUGCGGCAUUAAGGUGCAUUGGGGACUUGAUUCUUGGGCAUGCUCAGAACCGUGAUGCUCUUGGCAGUAAACUUCUUGGGGAGGAUCCAGAUGUAGAACCUGCUCUUAAUUCCAUUCUGAGGAUAUUCCUUCGCACAUCAAGCCUACAAGAGUGUAUUGCAGCUGAAUUUGUUUUCAAGUGCUUUUGUGAGGGCAACCCAGAUGGACAGAUGAUGCUAGCAUCCACCAUUACUCCUUUACCACAAUCAAGUUUGCAUGGUGGAAAAAUCAUUGAAGAUGCCAAUCGAGUGUCAUUUGGAAGUAUCCUUGUUCAGGCCCUUAUUUCAAGUGAAGGUCAAAAUGAUCUUGAGGCAAGCUGCAGGGCUGCAAGUAUUUUAUCUCAUAUCCUGAAAGAUAAUGUGCAGUGCAAAGAACGGGUGCUUCGUAUCCAACUUGAAAUUCCAGUUUCAGCCUUAUCAACACCAGAGCUUCUCAUGCCUCGUAUUGUUAAAUAUCUCGCAGUUGCAUCUCCAAUAUCACACAAGCAAGAGACCCAUGACCACAUGAUAUCCAAUAAAAAAUCAAUAUGGCUACAGCCCGUACUUUUGAGGCUCUUGGUUACUUGGCUUGCAGAUUGCCCAGAUGCUGUGAAUUGUUUUCUUGAAUCACCUGCACAUCUAACAUACAUGAUAGAGUUGGUUUUGAGCCGUAGCUCUGCAGCAAGUGUUCAUGUCGCUGGCUUGGCAGCUGUUCUUUUAGGUGAGUGUAUUGUGUUCAACAAAGCAGCCAAGGACAACAGAGAUGCCUUCAUGGUAGUUGAUGCCAUCAGCCAAAGGAUUGGACUCACAGCCUAUUUCCAUAUUUGGGAGGAAAUGCAAAUCAGUCCAUUGUUUAUAUCAGCAGCUUCUGCAUCACGGCUUCCAAAACCAUUGACAAGAUCAACAGCUGCUGAAGUUGUUGGUGUUUCAGAUGCACAAGAUGGAGAACAACCGUUUGAGACUGAUGAAAGCAGAACAAGCCCUGUUGAUCCCUUGUUGACUUCAUUUUAUGAUUCAGCGUUUGUUAGCUUUAUUAAACACCUGGAACCUUUUGUAAGAGAAAAGAUUGUAGAGCUUUUCAGCCGUCCCAAGAGUAAGGUUACAAUAAUUCCAGCAAGUUUGGACAAGAAAAAUGGAGAGAGUGACAGUGACUAUAUUAUACGGUUAAAGUCAUUUAUGGAAAAACAGUGCCACGAGAUGCAGGAACUUCUUGGCCGAAAUGCUGCUUUAGCUGAUGACCUUGCAAAAACAAAAGGUGAUUCCAACUCAUUUAUAAGAGGACAUAACAGUGCAAUGCAAGGGACUGUAAAUGGGAUCACUUCAAGACUUGAAGCUGAUAAUCUUAGGCAGGAACUUCAGGAAACUCGAAAUAGAGUUGAAACACUGAAAGCUGAAAAAAGGAAAUGUGAAGAUGAGAUCUCAACUUACAAACAGCUGGCUGUAAAAUAUGAAGCAGAUCUGAAGAGCUUGUCUGAUGCAUAUAACAGUCUGGAGCAAGCCAACUUUCACCUUGAGUUGGAAGUGAAGAGAGCGAGAGGUGGUAAUGAGUCCAUACUACCAGAUCUUGAAGCAGUUCGUGAAGAGGGAAGACAGGAAGCACAGAAGGAGAGUGAAGCUGAAUUGAAUGACUUACUGGUUUGUCUGGGUCAAGAACAGAGUAAAGUGGAGAAACUAAGUUCAAGACUGGCAGAAUUAGGUGAGGAUGUUGAUGUCUUACUUGAGAAUAUUGGUGAUGAAGGUGAAGUUCAAGGGGAUGAUGAGGAAGAGGACUAGGAUUCAAAUGAAUUCUUUAUUUGUUUUCAUCCUAAAAAUGUCGUAAGGUUGCUCAAAUUUGGAAUUCUUUCGCAGCUUUCUUCAACCAUUGGAAGUUGGGGUUCAAUUGUGAUAUCUUUUAUCAUACACGAUCUUAUGCCUAUCAGGCUUAUGUAUAUUAGGCAUGUUAUUUUGGACGAACAUAUUUACAAAUAAACAUUUAUGGAUGUCCCUUUACAUCCUUGAUUCUUUGUUUACGUUGGUACAGGCUUUAACCUACCAAAGUUCCAUUGAGGCCUGAACAAUUGGUCUAAUUUAAACACUUUCUAAGGUUUUGCCAUUUUGCCUCCUGUAAAUAUGCAAAAUUGUCAAUUAAGAUCAUCAACUAUAUGCCAAAUCAGGCAUUCCACCAUCUCUCUGAUGGUUAUAUUUACCCUUUCAAAUGACAUGGUUUGAAGAGUGUCGAUGGUUUUUUGACUCUGAUUUUUUUCUCAUUGCAUUUAAAAUAAAAAUGAAUAUUCUGUUCA